AUGCAAAAAGAAGCCCAAGAAGAGGAAGACAAACUAGUUUUACAUUAUCAUGAUGUAGUCAUUCGUCAAUCCGAUCUGGACACGCUGGCUCCGGGACAGUGGUUGAACGAUACCAUGAUCGAGUUUCAUAUGGAGUUUUUAGAGAGAACAUUUGUACCCAGGGAUGCCAAAUACCUGUUUUUAAGGCCUGGCAUGGUGCAUUUGAUUACAUUUGCAGAAGGAGAUGUCAUGCAACUAGAGCCAGCAUUGCCGCCUCAAAUGGAUCAGUACGAAUCUAUCUUCAUUCCCGUUAAUGAUGGUAAACCACAUGAAGCGUAUAGUGGGACACAUUGGUCCAUCAUGGUCUAUAUCAGAGCUGUCAAUUCAUUCUACUAUUACGAUACGCUCAAGUUCAACAAUCUGCGAGAUGGUGAAUUAACUAGCAGACGAAUUCAACCACUACUCAAAUUGAAGAAAGCAGCACAGUUUAUACCCAGUAGCACGCCUCAGCAGAUUAACGGAUCAGAUUGUGGGGUGUCUGUCAUCAGCAUCAUAGAUUACACAUUGCAUCAGCUUCUCAAGAGUCGAGACAACAAGGACGACGUACAUUACAGCAAGAUCAUGAUCCUCAAGAGCAAGGACAUGUCCACGCCAAAGCAAGUGCGAGACAAUAUCAAUGGCAUGAUCAAACGACUUCAACAAAGAUGCAAGACAUCUUGCUCUUCUUCUUCUUCCUCCUCCUCCUCUUCAACAACAACAUCUUCUUCACCACUGAACAAGUAG